AUGCAUUCCUCUCUGGCUAGAGUUGCAGGUCUUGUUCUUCUCGGAUUUGGCAGCUUCUUGCUAGGCGUCGAAGGCGCACCACCCAGGGUCCUACCAGCUCGUGCUAGAGCCAAAACAUACACCCCAGUAGCAGUACCGAAUCCCUUCGACAGCACCCAUGGGUACAAAAACUCCAAACAAUGGAUACCGGACAGGAAAUAUGGCAAUGUUUACAAAAUUACGACGCCGCAUUACACCGGAACUCUGGACCUGAUUGCAAUCAACCCGAAAGACAAGUCGAUCACAGUUAAAGAUGCAAACAAUGACGACGACAAGACACCCGCAGCUGAAAAACUGUCACUCGCGGCGAUUAUGAUGGGCCUAUUUGUUGAAGAGGGCAAGAUGAAGCCUAAGGAUUUAAGCAUCGUCCGCUUUGGUGAAACGGUGGUUGAACCGACUACGAUAAAGGCCAUCAACGAGGUGUACACGAGCUUGGGGAAGGUCAAAGGAGAUGAUACAACGAUCACUAUCACCUCAACAGCAACAGAUGCCAAAGAAAAAGAGGCAUUCACUGAGCUGCUUGACCACACAAAGUUUGGCUCAAAUGUUCAGAAACUCAACGGCCUUUACAGUACAGGCAAGACAGUCGAGUCUUUUACUUUGUCUGGAGAAGGGCCUCAGCUAGAGUUUCAUCUGGGUUAA